AUGGAAUCUGACCGGCUAAGCGAGUCUGAGAAGAUGAUUGGAAUGGUCGAGAGUGAACUGCUAGAAGAAAUCAAGCAUAAGUAUAAGGAGAUAGAGGAGUCGAUUGAGAAAACAGCGGCAGGAUUAGACAAAGUAAACAAGGAUUUGCAGGAUAAGGUAAAAGCAAUAUACAAGGAAGCGGAGGAAGGUAAGCUUAUGUAUCCAAAGAUAUGA